UGCGCUCUCUUUCGCCGCCACCCGCGCCAAGCCAAGGACUUUCUCGCCUCUGCACCGUACCAAGUGAUGCCCGCAGCAACAGCUCAUAAGGUAUCUGCCUCUAACCACAAGCUGUAUCACGAGGCCCUCAGGUUCACGACCAUCUACGUCUACUUGGACUUGGCGUACGCGACGCUGCUCCUGGCGGCAGCGCUGCAUCUUUGCGGGGUGCCUGUGGGUCUGAUCCUGGGGCUGGAUGUGCCGCUCAAGAAAUCAGAGGCUGGGAGAGAAGGGGGAUUGGUGCGAUCGGGGGCCCUGAGCUUAGCCACUGGCGGGGUGAUGGGUCUCCUGGUUGGUGUUAUGGUUCGAGGGUGCUGUCGCCUCGACAAGAGCCAGGGGUGCGUGGUAACCAACUGGCACGACCUGCUCAAGUACACGCACAUGGGCAGGACAAUAACCGCAGCGAUGUGUGGGGUCUUGACAUGGCGAGGGCUAGGCUCCUUGAAGGACUUCCAGACCCCGGAGGGUGGGGUAGGACUAGUCUCAGCCGUGCUCAUCACCGCCGCGGUCUUGAGCUUGGCGGCGGCAGCGUCCAUGAACUUCCUGCACUUCAGAAUGAAGGUCGUGCUGACGGAGUACGCCAAGCUCAAGCGCACACGACUCAUGCCGGCCACCGGUGGCUCUAGUUGUACGCGUCAUCGUUACUAACAUCGUCGGAGGCACAAACAGCAGUUCAAGCAAAGGGGGAUUGUUAGCCUCCGUAAACAGGCUGUGGAUGGAUGUUGACCGAAAAUUACCUCCACCGAGGAAGAUCUGACUCGUUUAACGCCCUCCAGUGCAGCCCUCUAUUCCCCUCUAUGUUAGUCUAGCCACCCAUUUCUCGAUUGCCGACAAGGAAAGUACGGGGAGACAGACGUGUGCCGUGGUUCAGCCACCAUGGAUGUUUUUUUUUUUCGCGGCCAGAGUGAGAAGGAAUCUUGCGUCAACACUGUUGAUACAUCAGGGACUUGUUGUGCGGAUGCCUCGCAGCAUCAGAGGAACUUGUGCGUGUGCGUUAGGGCGUUGGAACUGGGUAGUGGAAUGAGAGGCACACUCGGUUGGUGGAGUACAGGGAUGGAUGGAUCCAUCGAAAGCAUCACGACAGGGAAAAUCGCUGCACGUUUGGGUUGAGCCUUGUAGGACUGUGUAGAACACGCGUAGAGUACCGAUAAGACAUACUGUUUGGUUUUGUGUUUGGACGGUUACAAAUAUAUCGGAGAUAGCACAGCGGCCAGUGCUGCUGCUGGUGCUGCUGGUGCUGUGAACAUUUUUGGUUUGUGCCCGAAACGUACCAAGUGGGUAGCCUCUGUGUACCAAGGUAAUAGAUUUCUGUAGGUACCUGAUCUUGUACGGCAACGAGCGAUGUCAGCAAUGCAGUCCAACAAAACGCCUCGGGUGACUAAAGUGUAUUCCCAAGCUCGUCCCAAGCACGGUCGAGCUUGGGCCUCUCUCGGCCAAGCAUUAAUUUUUCAUCUUGUGUCGUAAUGUUUUUGCAUAGCUCCGCCCUUCGACCGGUUUGGUGUUAACACAGAACGUGGCAGGUUCAUUGCAGCAAGAGCAGGGGUGCCAGCGCGCCAGCUGACAUUCGGCCGCCGACCUAGCUUACACAAGGAGAAACAAACACAAGAAAACAGAGACCCGCACAAGGCCACAGAAAAACAACCAUUCACCAUGUGGAAGAAGAGGCCUGCUUGUUCGCAUGCACCGUCGAGCCAUGAAAAAUAAAUCAUCCGCCCUGUUGGGAGAUGACACACCCUGCUAUGGUUGCCAUCCAUUAAAAACAGAACACUUUCCAACCCAAAGCAAGCUUCAGUGUCACCGACGGAACAGAAAAAUAUUGCAAUUUGGUCGCAGUGUGUGAUUUCGAUACCCCCACCCGUUUUUUUCGCGUUGACAGCAGGUUUAUAUGGUAUCCUAACGCGCUAUCCACCUUCCCUCCGCGCCGUCACUGCACUUGAGGCAGUAGAUGGGCACUGGACAAACGAAGGACCAUGGGACUUUACGCGUCCUACUAACGUAUCUACGGAUAUACGGAGAUCAUGUAUCUGUACCUUACGCAGGCUGUACAAAUACGUGACAGAGACCAUCCAUCAUACAUACAUACUACGGAGACCACGAAAGGGUUAGUCUAGUCUUCUUCAGAUAAUUGUCAAAUGCGCGAGCUAAAUCAUGUUCUUCAUAGCCAUCAAACGAGGAGACAGCGGGCCCAAAAAUAGUCUAGAUACGGCACCAAUCAACGGGGCGGGAGGGGGGCGGGAGGAAACGGCGCGGGAAGAAAGCAAGCGAGAAGAGACCGACCGCGUGAAGUGACAUGUUGCGGUUGAAUUUCAGCGACUAGUUUUUCUGUUGCCCUCUCCCCCGUUUGCUGUCGCGUUCAGACUGUCUCUACGGAUAUCCCUGUCUCUGCUCGUCUCUGUGCGAGUUUGUUCAUGUCCUCGUCUGUCUUUGGUUUAUUUCGUUUUUGUUCUGUUUUUUUUACUGGCACGUACUGUUGACCCUUGGGGUCCUUCUGGAAGGCUACUCCCCAGGUUGGUGGUGCGCACGUUCCACUAUUUAUUUAUUUAUUUGUUCCUGAUUCUUUUGUUUUCUUGUAUUUUAUC